AUGGAGAUAAACGAGUACCAAUAUCAAGGCAACGAGGGAGAAGUAGUACCAGAACGUGUUCAAAACUUGACCUUCAAUCCAUGGAUUCAGGUUUUGCCUGAUGACUUGUGCACCGGCCGUACGCAUCUGCGAGAAGUAACUCUGCCCCAAGGAUUGAUCAAGAUUGGCCAUGAUGCUUUUGGCGCUUGUACAAGAUUAUUUGCAAUCAAGAUCUGUGGUGCGGUUGAAUCUAUUGAGGGUCAUGCCUUUCGGUAUUGCGAGGACAUGACAAAACUUGAGUUUGAAUUUGCAUCGUCUUCCGCCCAUCGCCUGACAAUUGGCGAAUAUGCUUUCCAUUCUUGCCUUGCGCUCGAAAGGAUCAAGUUCCCUUCGUCUGUAAAUGCGAUUGGAAAAUCUGGUUUUGAGAGCUGCCUCGGCCUCUUAGAAGCUGAUCUAUCAGCAACAUCCAUUACGGAGAUUCCCCCAGAGGUGUUUGCUCAUUGUCACAACCUGCAAAAUGUGAGCCUGCCAAACUCUUUGGAGCGUAUUUGCCGCGAUGGGUUCUAUGACUGUAUUUCUCUGAUUUCAGUGAAUAUGCCCCUGAAUUCGCAAUCGAUCAAGAUUGAAGAUGAAGCCUUUGAUCACUGUCGUUCGCUUGCAAACAUUGUGCUUCCGAAAGGGUCUAAAGCACACACUGAUUCUUUUGACAACUGCGCACUUUUGCAAAAUCGCUUUGGUGAGGAAGCAAAUGCUAUUGUCCCCGGUUUGGUAGGCCGUUUUGACGGUUUUUCGGUUCAUGGGCUGUGUUACGACCAUUCCUCUGUCACUGCCCAAGAACUUGGUCAGUGUGCACAGAGGACGAAGGACGAGGAGUCACCGCUCGUGGAUGAGUUCGGUAUGACUCCGUUCCACGUUCUCUUUACGACUAUCGGACCAAGGCAAGAUCUGCUUGAAAUUCUUCUUGAGAAGUAUCCAUACAAUGCUCUCGGUUGGAGAGAUGCGAACGACAAGCUAGCAAGUGAGUACUUGGUGAGCAAAACCUGGACUCGAGAAAACGAGAUUUUGCUGCAGAUGAUCCUGCAAAGGGGGGUUGUGGGCCCACUUGUCCGUUGGGGUGCUACAUCCUGGACAGAAGCAAUCCAGAACAAGGUUCAACAUAUACUUUCUGAUGAGGUCAGCAAGGAACAAAGGGCAUAUUUGUGCACUGCGGCGUAUUCUGCCUUUGCAAAGUACGAAGGCAUGGAAGCCACAUCGAUCUUGGAGAUGGCCUUGUGGAAAGCGCAACUCAAGGGUGGAUUGAACAAUGCUACGCCUCAGCAACAAGCGCUUGAACGGGAAGAGUGCCGGUGCGUUUGUGGAUCGGACGGUGUGAUUCCGAGUGUUACAAUGUUUUUGGGGAUAUCUCGAGAACAACAAAAACGGUAA